ACCUGGACACACCCAUCUCUCUCUCUCUUUCUCUCUCUUUCUUUCUGUCUCUUCCUCACGUCAUCACGAUCUGAGUAAACACAUCGACCUCAGCACACGGGAGAGGGACAGCAGAGGACCAGAGACUGAGAUUUUGGAGAAGACAAGCAUCUCAACAGUAUGGGCGCCGGCCAGAGCAGCGACAAGUUCCACUGUAACCGCUAUCUGAACGGACAGGGUCCUCCAUCACUGGUACAACAAGCUAACGGGGGGCUGAACGGAAUAUACAGCGUGCCCAAUGGCUGCCAACCCGAGGGCCAGAUGACCACGGUGACCCUGUUCCGAGACCUACCGGGCUUCCCAAACGACAACACCCUGCAGAUCAACUUCAUAUUCCCGGAUGGAAUACAGACGAAAAAGCACCCCCGCCCCGGCCAAGAUUACUCGGGGCUGCGGCUCUGCGCCUACCUGCCCGACAGCCGCGAGGGCAAGAAGGUGUUCAAGCUGAUGGAGAAGGCCUUUCGCCAGCAGCGCUUGUUCACCGUCGCCCCCGGCGAAGACGGAGGGGACGCGGUCAAGGCUUCCGUCCCGCUGAAAACUCAACCAGACGCAGGGAGCAGAAUCGAUGGCUACCCGGACCCGGACUACCUGAAGACAGUGAGAGAGCUGCUGAAGGAUAAAGGCAUUGAAUAACGCGCGGUACUCACGGCUGGAUGAAGUACUGUGUAUGUCAGUGUGUAAUCUGUGUAUUUCUACAUUACUACACUUUUUUUUUAAUAUUUAUAUUUAGAACAUACGGUACUGUGCCAAAGGUUUAGGCGCAUGGUGUUCUUAUGUUCUUCUUGUCCUUCCCCGGCCCGAUCCCUCCACCAAGCUAUAGGCGGACAUCGGUAGUAGUUUUUUUGCGUAAUUCUGCUGACAAGUAAACCAACAAACUGACACGGGUGGAAACAUAAGCAGCAGUGAUAGGAUUUACAAACACACAUUUACCAGCCGAAGUGUCUCGCACGGAUGCUCCGACACUGACAGGAGCGCCGAGCCACGGAUGAGACGCUACAGGUCCGUUCAACCAGUUUACCUAUUAAUAAAACAAUAUAACUGCUCUAAUUUUACAUUUAGAGUAAGAAGACGAACUUGGAGUCAGUGACGGAUUAUAUAAAGGAGCAACUUCGAUUUGAUGAAUUGACAUCAACUUUUCACAAACCAUUUUAGAUAUUUAUGGUUAGCAUCCUCAAGUUCACAAGUUGCUAAAUCGCUUAUUUAUUGUACGUGUAGUAGUGUGUGUGUGUGUGUGCUCCGAUAUUUUUUAGGGGAAGUGAUUAUUUCUCUGUUAUACUGGAAAAAAACAAAAAAACUUUUUGUACUCAGAAUAUGGACUCUUCAUUUUAGGGGCAAUAUAAACGAACCCCAUCACUGUCUGAGUGAAGUUUAAGUUGUGUUAACUUUAAUUUAUUAUGGCGGCAGACAUCAGGUUUAAAGUCCUGGACAUCAUUGUGUCUCAAGAAGUGAUUCUUUGAGUAAAUUCAUUAUGUUACUUGCAGCCUCAUCAAACUUGUAAUGUCAUUUUUUAUUUUGUUUCAUAUAUAUCGAAAUCAGAAAAUGUUAUUUUGUGUAAUUAAAAAAUAUUUUCCAA